AUGUUGUAACUACUGCAGCAUAUUGUACAAUUAAAACUUACUGAUGUAGAUUGUGGAAAGUAUUUUACAAAUUGUACAACUAAAAGUGGAGGAGGGUGUGUUGCUAAAUCAAGUUGUUCUGCUGCCUCUGUAAAUGCUGCUUGUAUAACUGCAUUAAAUGGUACAAUAUGUGCAUGGGAUUAUACAUUAAAUAAAUGUAGAGAUAAAGACUGUUAAGAUUUUAUAGGAACAACUCACACCAUUUGUUAGACUUAAAGAUAAGGAUGUACUGCUGGACCAAAUGGUAGAUGUGCUAGAGUUUAAAGUUGUGAAUUAACUACUAUUAGAGAAGCUUGUAUUGAAGGCACAAAUGGGCCAUGUUUAUGGAUUGAGAAGUUUGCCACUAGUGAUGGGUCAAAAGGAGCUUGUUUUGCUUAUACAUCAUGCAAGAGUUUAGCUUGGAAUAAUGAUGAAUCUUGUAAAUUGAUAAGUAAUAAAUGUACAACUAAUGGAACUAAUUGUAUUGGAAUUACAUUAUGCACUGAGACAAAUGUUGAUGGUGGAUGUGCUACAGGAUAUGAUGGAUCUUGCAUUUAAUCUGUUCCUGCUUUAAAUUCUUCUGAUCCUAAGAUUUGUAAACCAUUUAAAUCAUGUGCAGAUGCCUUUUAUGCAACUCAUAAAGAUUGUUAAAUUGCUAAUAAAAAAUGUACAACAGAUGGAACUACUGGUUGCAUUCCUUUAGGUGCAUGUUCAACAUAUUAAUCUUAACCAGGAUGUUAGUUAGAUGAUAAAGGAUCUGUAGUUGAAUCUGGUGUUAUAACUUCAACAGGUGUUUGUACUUGGGAUAUGAGUAAAAGUGUUUGUAGAGAUUAAAUUUGCUCUGAUUUGAAUGGUGUUACUCAUUCAAUUUGUAAUUCUUAAUUAUCAACCUGUACUUCAGAUGUUAUUCAACCUAAAUUAUUUGUUCAACAGCUGUUGGAAAUGAUGGAAUUUGCUUUUGGGAGGUUGGUUCUACUACUAAUAAUAAUACAGCCAAAUGUAGAUUACUUUUCUUGUGCUGAUAUUCAAAAUGGAACAUCCAUUAGUGUUUGUUAAGCUGCUUUACCAUCUUGCAUUUCAAAUGGAACUAUUUGUAUCCCAAAGGCUAAAUGUUCAACUUACACAACUAAAACAGCUUGUAAUUUUGGUGGAUUAGAUGGACUCUGUGUAUUUACAUAAUCAACUUCUGCAUAGGCUGUAGCUGAUAGUGGAACUUGUACUUUAAUGAAUUCAUGUUCAUCUGCAAAUAAUGAUUAAACUGCUUGUGUAGCUGCAUAAGAUAGAUGUUCAUGGAGUCCAGCUAGUUCUAGUAUUACAAGUAUAUGUACAAGUCAUACAUGUGGUACAUAUAAUCAAGUGAGUGGAACUUGUUCAAGAUUCUUUAAUUGGGAUAAAUAAUCAUAAUAGAUAUGUUCUAUGAUUAAUGGAAUAUGUACAGCAACUGAUCCAUCAACAUUAAAAUAAAGUGAUUGUUUUAAUCUUUCAGGAUAUACAUAUACAUGGAACAGCUCAGCAGGCAAAUGCUAAGUUUGUACUAAGCAAGAUUAGCCAAAUAAUAGUGUCAAUAAUACAAUCAAUGAUACAAAUAAUACUAAUACGGCUUAAGGGUUAUUAUUAACAUUCAUCUUAGGCUAUUUGAUGAUUUGA